CAACAACGACGCACCUGCUGUCCUGCCGUCUUAUUCAAAGACAUCUCCCAAAGCUCAAACACCUUCUUGCUCACAUGUUGGUCCAUCACAAAUUUAGCCCUACAGGAUUGCAGAAGACGAAAUCUCAACAACCAAGGAUCUAGAUCCAAAAUCUAGAUACCUCUUCUCGUCAAUCCACAACAUCCAGCAUAUCCGAGCUGGAUAGGACUACAUACACCCCCCCACCAUGACAUCAGCUCCCCCACCGGGUAGAGCCGGUUCGCCAACAGGAAGUUUCUACGCUAUGAGCGACGACGAGGAGGGAGAGUAUGAUACUAUCACACACACCGAGACUGGUAAAGGGGUAAAACUGUUGUUUUCUAAGAGCAAAGUUUAUGUUCAUCCUACCCCGUCAUCCAAGGAUAAUAUCCCCGGCUACAUCGCCUUAUUACAGCAAAAAGGACCCCAUGGCGAGCGACCGACAUCUUCUUCCUCCGCCGCUUCCAACUCCCCGGCAUCAGCAGACCUUUUACUUGCUUGGUUACCGGAGUCAUCUCUUGGCGAUGCCGCCAGCAUAUAUGUGAAAGUAGACCUGACUGAUGCCGACUCCCCGCCGAGGCAAAGCUAUCUCGUACCACCACCUCCAACCGUAACCACCCACAAAGGAUCAAUCGGAUACUACGCCUUCGCCAUACCUGUUAGUGCCAUAUACUCUCUGCUGGUGCGCCCACCGAGCUUGGGGUGGUGGUUCGGGUCCUUGGUAAUCAACACCAGGGCCGGGGAUAGCUUUCCGGCCUUAUUCUUCCACGACAGCGAGUGUCAGUCGACCAUACUCCAGAAGAAGAAGCGAGCUAGGGAGAGCUUUGAUCCUUUUGGCGAGAAUGGUCAGAUGUUCUGGGGAGGCGAUGAGGUCCUCCGUUGGUUAAAACGUUAUGUCCGGAUCGAAAGGAGCGGAGCUGAGCCGAAUAUCUACCUAGUAGAGCCGACCAAAGAAGAUAGCGAGGCUUUCGGCGGUAAGUUAACAUCUAGUACGCCUUCGCAGAUCGGUAGACAUGACAGUUCUCAUGGAAUUUCCUCGCGUAAUCGCGCUGGACCUUCACGGGCGGGCCCUAAUGACCAAAAUGAUGCGGGCAUGGACCCCGUCAUGAAAUUCGUGAAGGAGACUGGGUGGAACCUCCUAGAGAGGUUCAGCAAAGUGACAACCUUUACGCGCAGAACCGCCCAGGAAAUAAUCGAUAACCCAAAGUUACCACCCCAAGUGAGAAGACUGAUGAGGAACCCUGAGGUUCAAACGUUGCAAGAUGAGUUUGAUAGCGCACGGAUAUACCUAGCCCGGUGGGCCAUGGGAAUAGCUGAACAGAGCGAAAGGGAUAGAAGGCAGAGGAUAUGGACCGCUCGCGACGUAUUGGAGUUAGAAGACACUGACGUUGGUGAAUUUGAGUUACUUGAAACAAGCACCUUAUCAUUGGAAGAGCGGAGGAAACCCGUGACCCUGAAAGAGUGGAAUACUUUCUUUGAUCCUCGAACUGGGCGCCUUGCAGUUACCAUUGAUGAGGUUAAGGAGCGAGUUUUCCAUGGCGGUCUCGAUCCGGAGGACGGAGUUCGCAAAGAGGCCUGGCUAUUUCUUCUUGGCGUGUACGAUUGGUAUAGCACAAGCGAGGAACGUAAAGCAGCAAUGGCCUCUCUCAGGGACGAAUACGUCAAGCUCAAGGCCGCCUGGUGGGAAAGGUUGGUAGAUCUGGGCGGCGAAGGAGAGGAUGGUGAAUGGUGGCGAGAGCAGAGAAACAGAAUCGAAAAGGACGUACAUAGGACUGACCGCACGGUCCCGAUAUUUGCUGGGGAAGAUCUUCCUCAUCCAGACCCGGACUCCCCGUUUGCUGAAGCUGGCACCAAUGUUCAUAUGGAGCAGAUGAAAGAUAUGCUGCUCACCUACAACGAAUAUAAUAAGGAUCUUGGUUACGUCCAGGGGAUGUCUGACCUACUUGCUCCGAUAUAUGCCGUUAUGCAGGAUGAUGCCAUCGCCUUCUGGGGAUUUCAGCACUUCAUGGACCGAAUGGAGCGGAAUUUCUUACGAGACCAGUCUGGUAUGAGAAGCCAGCUUCUCACGUUGGACCAACUGGUACAGUUCAUGGAUCCAAAGCUAUAUACUCAUCUCGAGUCGGCAGACAGCACCAACUUUUUCUUCUUCUUCCGCAUGCUAUUAGUCUGGUACAAACGUGAGUUCAAGUGGAUGGACGUCUUGCACCUAUGGGAAGUACUAUGGACGGACUACUUGAGCAGUAGCUUUCAUUUAUUCGUGGCUCUCGCUAUCCUAGAGAAGCACCGGGAUGUAAUAAUGAUUCAUCUCAAACAUUUCGAUGAAAUACUCAAAUAUGUCAACGAACUGUCAAAUACGAUUGACCUAGAGUCUACGUUGAUCCGUGCAGAGCAGUUAUUCCGCCGCUUCCAGCGGUUGGUUGAAGCUAUAGAUAAGAAGCAAAAUUUCCCAACGCCAAGGACCCGGCAGGAUUCGCCAUCGAAUUCUGCAUCUCCCUCAUCCCAGCAGCCUAAGAGCAAUAACGGAAAGAGCACGGAGGCCCAGCCUCAAAAGAUGAUUACCCCUGAGCUGCGCAAGCUGCUCAGUAGGAAGAUAGAAGUACUUCCGCGCAAGGCUGUGCAAAAGAAGGACGAUAAAACAACUGCCGAUAGUACUUAGGAGGUACUCUAGUAGGUCGUUGCUAUGAAUUGGCUUUAAGUUCAAGCUUUUGAUGCUUGGUGUACUUGUAUUUCAAGGGAAUGCGGAAUAUGGACUGGGAUGCAUAAUGAGGCGGAUUAUGCUCAAAUUUCGAAGGCUCUGGCGUUGGGGUUUAUAUUGUAUUGAUGAAAAGAGCAAUCAAUACCAAAGUCGUUUCAUUAUCCCUUGACCAGAUACUAAUAAGAGCAAGUCUAUUCACUGGUUGGGGU